UUGCUAGUCUGCUGGAAAAACACAUGUUUUUGUUUACAUUUUUGCUGCUCAAGAGAUGAACUAGAUUUUUCCAUCUCGCUUUUAAUUUACCUGAUUUGUACUUAAAUUUUUCUUUGGAGUAAUAUGCAGACGUAUUACUCCAAUCGACGCUUUUUUCUCCGUCGUUAUUUAAUGCGCGUUAUGUAGCACAACCACUUUUUUGUGGAAUCGCACCUCGUCUCUGUCGAUGCACUUCAAAUUUUAUGAUAUAUUAAUAUUUUUACUACAUAAUUAUGUGAUUGGAUUGUAUUGAGAAUUUUGAAGCGCGGCUAAUGUACUUAAUUGCUUUUAUGCAACCCGUCAAUGUGAAAAAAAACGAGGACAAAAAGGUUCUAUACUUAUUAAGUGGUUGCCUCUUUUGAGAACAAUUUUUUUCAUAUUGAAAAAAAAAUACUUUCUUACGAGGCUACUAAAAGAGCAAAAAUAUGAGCAAAGUCAUACCAAGUUGCAACAAGAUGUAUUCGUCUUAUACAGACGAAAAAAUCUCCAUCCAAGAAGAAGCGGCAAACAGCGAUGACGAUUUCAGUGAGCGCAAACGUUUUCUUGACCCUUGCCAGUCGCAAGGGCGUCUCACAAAGGGCAAGACUAAUGAAAAGAGAGUUAGAAUGCCGGAGGAAAACUCGAAGGGCGUUUUGCCGAUCGAGAGCGACCUGGGGUCACCAAUGGCUGUCUCAACACCUGAUCCGCUGGUGGUCAAAGACAUGCCCCAGGACGAGUACAAGGUUUACAAACGACGAUGGCUGGUGUUGGCCCUCUUCGUGCUCUACUCGGCUUCCAACUCCAUGCAGUGGAUCCAGUACUCCAUCAUUGCCGACGUCAUCAACAGGUACUACGGAGUCAGCUUCCUGACCAUCGACUGGACAUCGAUGAUUUACAUGAUCACAUACAUCCCUCUUAUUUUUCCAGCAUCCUGGAUUUUGACCAAAAAGGGGCUGAGAUUUACAACCCUGGUUGGCUCUCUGGGCACAUGUGUUGGUGCCUGGAUUAAAGUGCUUUCAGUGGCCCCUGACCGCUUUUGGGUUUCAUUUGUUGGUCAAACUAUUGUGGCCGUUUCUCAAGUUUUCAUUCUCUCAGUACCUUCCCGCUUAGCUGCUGUCUGGUUUGGUCCAAAACAAGUGUCAUCUGCUUGUGCAAUUGGAGUUUUUGGCAAUCAGCUUGGAGUGGCAACCGGAUUUUUGCUGCCUCCUCUUUUAGUAAAGAACCAAGAAGCAAUCGAAAAUAUCGGGCAGGAUUUGUCUGUCAUGUUUUACGGCGUUGCAAUUUUCACCACCAUUCUCUUUGCAUUUCUUGUCAUUUUCUUUAAAGCAGAGCCGCCAACUGCUCCAAGCGCUGCCAUGGCUAACAGGAACAAUGAAGGCAGUGAGGAAAGUCCUCGUGAAUUUAUCCAGACUCUCGGAAGGUUGUUUAAGAAUUGGGGCUACAUUUUACUCUUACUCAGCUACGGAAUUAACGUCGGCGUCUUUUAUGCUCUCUCAACCCUGCUCAAUCAAGUUGUACUUGCUCACUUUGAGGGUGCAGGAUCUGACGCAGGUAAUAUUGGGGUCAGCAUCGUUAUUGCAGGAAUGCUGGGAUCACUUGUGUGUGGCAUCGUUCUUGACAAAACUCACAAAUUCAAGGAAACGACUCUACUAGUGUAUGUGUUCUCACUGCUGGGAAUGAUUGUAUACUCGGCAACUCUUGGUGCUGGUCACAUUGCCAUAGUCUACGUUACAGCUGCCGCACUCGGGUUUUUCAUGACCGGAUAUUUGCCUGUCGGAUUCGAAUUUGGAGCUGAGCUGACCUAUCCUGAAGCCGAAGGAACGUCUGCUGGAAUUCUCAACGCAUUUGCCCAGAUCUUUGGUGUUGUUUUCACAAUUAUUUAUGGGCAGUUGUUUGGUGAGUGGGGUGAUAUAUCAGCAAAUAUUUUUGCUUGUGUGGCACUUCUCAUUGGAGUGGUGCUCACAGCUCUGAUCAAGUCAGAUUUGCGUCGUCAAAAUGCAACAAAUGCUCGACCAACCGAAGCUAUUUAAUUUUCAAACUGCAAUCAAAUUGUGACAAUAAUGAAGAAGAAGUAAUGCUAACUUCAAGAAAAUUGCUACGCCGAAUUUGCGCAUGUUAAACUUUCUGUCUUUAGCACAUCAUGUGUUCUAUUUUCUAGCAACUUUUGUGAUCAAAAUGCGCAACAUUAUUUUUGAACCUUAAUUCUUAAGUAGCAAACCAAACAAGUUGUGGGUGAUUUCAAAUUAUUGUUAUGUAGAUGCGUACUCCUGUAUGGCAUAGUGCUGAUUUUAUGGUAGGAGACCUCAAUUUCUCAUUUAUUCUAACUUAAAUAAUGACAUUAUUUUGCAUUCCAUAUUAAUUCUGACCUUGUGCCAUUUUUAUUCCAGUUAUCAUUUAAUAUAUAAUUUUUUACUAUGCUGUGCUUGUGUGCUUGAUCAUUCAUAAAUUCAUCAAGCAUCAUAAAAGCUUUUACAAAUUAACUUAAAUCAUUUAAUAUUUUGUGAUUCAGCAUUGCCAACAGGUAGCCAAAAGUUUGAGCUAACUUAAGCUGACAGUUCAUUAUAGUCAGCCACAAGCCUUCUGUGAGAUGAAUUUAUAAAAAGGAUCUCAUUGUCAGUUAGGCUUGUGAUCAAUAAGCCUAUUUUUAUCUUAUAUGUGCAACAUUACUACAGGAAACAUUGUUUGAGGGAAUUUUCCUUUCAGAAAAUCAGUAGUUCAAUUAUAAUGAAAUUUUUAGAUGAUUUUUAGGACUUGUGAAACAAUAAUGUCUAUUUAGAGCAGUCAAAUUUCUCAUUAGGAGAAGCGUGAAAAUAAGCUGUGCGUUGUCCAAGUUGAAAUGCGCUACUAACAGGGGUAUUGGCUGAUCAAAAUCAAAAUUUUUAUUAUAUACCGUUGUUUUAACCUCGGCUAUGCCAUAUAUAUUCGCUCUUGCGAGUUGCAUUUCAGACUUGGUAUUUGCUUUUAGUGUUUACCAAAAGCGUUUAUGUAAAAUAAAGAUAAAUGGGUAGCCAAAAGACGAUGACAAUAAGAAAGUGCACCGUCUAAUGUUUUAGAUUACACGGUUUGAUAAGAAAGAGAAAAUCUGGCAUGAAUAUAUAUACAUAAAAAUAUGAUAAAAUAAUUGGUGAUUGUAAAUGCUAAAAUUCUUCAAAAAUUAUACUAGUCUUUUCUGCAGGUAGUUUUACGGAAAAGACAAUAUAUUUAAUUCUCCCAUUCUAUUCACCCAGCCUCUGGCUGCAAUGUAAUUUAAUAUGUGCUGUUGACAUUUUUGAGGGAUAUUUAGUACAAACUUUGCGUAUACUUAGGAAUUUAUCGUAAAAUUAUCCACUUAUCAUGUUUCUGAUCGCACAUUAACAAAAAUUAUUCUGUGAUCAUUUUUAAGCAAUCCAAUUUUGACAAAAAUGCACUAUGGAGUGAAACAUCAAAAUGUAGCGUGCAAAAUGCAUUUGAUUUACAAUUUCGUAAAAAGUCGCAGAUUUUUGCCCAUUUUUAGCAUUUUUACUGCUGGACCUUUUGGUCUUCUUUUAAAACUUUUCAUUAGGCUUGCCAAUUUUGAAUGAAGUGAAUGCAAUGAUCGGUGGGAAAGAUAAUAGUUUUUUUUUAAUUUAACCAAAGUUGAGUGUUUCAAUAUUGUUCAUUACAGAAUUUUACAGGUUUAAAAAAAUAUAUUCAUUGAAAGAAGAGUUUUUUUUUUAAAUAUCAAUUUUUCUUUUAAUUAGGCCUUCUUACUGAUUUUAAUUGUUUUUUUACGUUUAAAAAAAAUGCGAAGAUCAAGCCUCUCUUGAUUUUUGAAACCUGUCCAGCCAGUAGGCAAAUUUUCGACAGGAUGAUAGUAUAGCACAUUGUAUUUCUUUCCUAACUAUGAUUUUUCCAUUGAAAUGUAUGAUAUAGAUAGACUACUUACAAAUGACAAUACUUGUGCUGUUUAGGUGAUUAACCAACAUAGUUGUAGAUAAAAAAUAAUGUAAUUGUGAGUAUUACCUGGUAUGGUGUUAGUGAUUAUAAAUAAUCAAAUAUUGUUAUAUUUAAGCAUACUUGACAAUAAAGAACAAGCACUUUUUGAAAGCAUUUUUAUAGAUGAUAGUAAGAUGUCAAAAAAUUUAUUGAAGUAAUUUUGAUGUUUAGAUCAAUGUCGAGAAUGGAAGUCAAUAAAAAAAUAAAAAUAAUUGUUCAUUUAGCGAAAA